AUGGAGGAUGAGGACAACAAUUCUAGAGAGACCGGCGUUCCAUUGGGUGAUGCUUCGACUAGAGGCAGUAAGGUUGAUUCAAAACUUGUAAUGGAUUAUAGUAAUGAAUUUGUUACUCGUGAGAAAUCAGAUGAGGGUGAUAUUCGAGAAUAUCUUGAGGGUCAUUCUUACGUUGGAAGGUUGUCACAUGAGGAAACCUCUUUGUUGGUAGACAUGUCGAAGAGUAUGGUACGAUCGAGUGAGAUAUUGGUUACAUUGAAACAACAUGAUGAUGCAAAUGCUUCCACAAUGAAAACAAUGUACAAUGCACAUCAUAGGUAUAAAGUUGCUGAGAAAGCUAGGAGAUCUCAAAUGCAACAACUAUUAGGUCAGUUAGCGAUGAACAAGUACAUUGAGUGGCAUAGGAGUUGUGCAGAUGCUGAGACAGUGACUGAUUUGCUCUUUGAACAUCCUACUAGUUCGAAUUUGUUAUGUGCAUUUCCAAAAGCAUUGUUGAUGGAUUGUACUUUUAAGACCAAUCGAUAUCGGUUGCCCUUUCUGGAGAUUGUAGGUGUGACAUUGAUAGACAUGACCUUUUCAGUUGCAUUUGCAUACCUCUAG